CACACACACACACACACACUCGGUCUCUGGGGUGUAGGAACCGGAGCGCGCGGUGUUGACCCCCGGUGAAUCUCCGCCGCCGCCGCGAGGAUGGAGAACAUCAGGACACCGAAGGUGGAGAACGUGCGUUUGAUUGACAGGUUGACUCCCCGGAAGUCCACUGUGGGAACGCUGUACCUGUCCUCCACACACACCAUCUUCGUCGAGAACUCAGACACACGCAAAGAGACUUGGCUACUGCACAGUCUGAUCAACACAGUCGACCGCCCCCCGGCAACGCCCACAGGAAGUCCCCUCAUCCUGCGUUGUAAGAACUUUCAGGUGUUUCAGUUCCUGCUGCCGUUAGAGAGAGAGUGUGUGGACGUCCAGGAGUCGCUCACACACCUGUCCCGCCCAGAGCGUUAUGGAGAACUCUUCUGUUUUUCCUACUUGCCCAGUGUGGGGAAAGAGGAAAGGGAAAAGGCCUGGAGUUUUUUGGAUCUGCGUGCCGAGUUCAACCGCAUGGGAAUUCCCAGCAACCUCUGGCACAUCACUCCAGCCAACCACGAGUACAGAGUGUGUGACACGUACCCCUCGGAGCUGUUUGUGCCAAAGUCCGCGUCUCCCGCCGUUAUCGUGGGCAGCGCCAAAUUCAGGAGCCGAGGGCGACUUCCUGUUCUCUCCUACUUCCACAGGGACACCAGCGCCGCAGUGUGUCGCAGCAGUCAGCCCCUCUCCGGUUUCAGCACUCGUUCUCCGGAGGAUGAACAGAUGCUGCAGGCCAUCAGGAAGUCCAACCCCGCCAGCGAGUACAUGUACGUGGUGGACACGCGGCCGAAGCUGAACGCAGUGGCGAAUCGGGCGGCAGGAAAAGGCUACGAGAACGAGGAUCACUACAUGAACAUGAGGCUGCAGUUCAUCGGCAUCGAGAACAUCCACGUGAUGAGGAGCAGCCAGCAGAAACUUGUUGAUGUCGGGGAUCUUAGGUCUCCAUCGAUGGGGGACUUCCUGUGGGGUCUGGAGAAUUCCGGCUGGCUCAAACACAUUAAAGCAGUGCUGGAUGCCGGCGUCUUCAUCGCCAAGGCUGUAGCAGAGGAAGGGGUGAGUGUGUUAGUGCACUGCUCUGAUGGAUGGGAUCGGACAGCUCAGGCCUGCUCUGUGGCCAGCGUUCUCCUGGACCCAUACUACAGAACCAUUAAAGGAUUUAUGGUGUUGAUAGAGAAAGACUGGGUAUCGUUUGGACACAAGUUCUCACACAGGUACGCUCACCUGGAUGGAGACCCUAAAGAGGUGUCCCCUGUGAUGGACCAGUUCCUGGAGUGUGUUUGGCAGCUGAUGGAGCAGUUCCCCUGUGCCUUCGAGUUUAACGAGCGCUUCCUCCUGCAGCUGCACACACACGUCCACUCCUGCCAGUACGGAAACUUCAUCUCCAACAGCCAGAGGGAACGUCGGGACCUGAGGCUACGGGAGAGGACUCACUCAGUGUGGCCGUGUCUUUGGGAAAACAGAUCCGAGUUCAUCAAUCCUCUGUAUAGAUCAGACCACGGUCAGACUCAGGGUGUGCUGAGACCCCUGACUACACCCUACUGCUUCAAAUUCUGGAAAGGCAUGUACAGUUCUUUGGAAAGGGGCAGGGCCUCGUACCAGUCAUCCUCCGAUUGGCUGACGGCCGUGAAGGAGGAGUCACAGCAGCUGGAGGAGGAGCUUAACACCCACCAGGAGAGACUCACUCUUCUGGUACAGGCGAGAAAACCGCAGACGAACGGUGCGACUGAACGUCCGUACCACACGCUGACGAAGGGAAACCAGAUCAGCAACCAUCAGGAUCACGACACCUGCACAAGCCCCGCCCCCGGGACAGAAAAACACACCCCUUCUUUUACAUUACCCCUGAAAUCACAGAUGAUGGUUCAUAACAUCGACGCAGACGAUCUGUCGGUCUGCAGCGAUCUUGAGUCGGGCGUCGCUGACCUCAGCAGCCACGCCUCCAGCUCGUGCGAUGACGCAAAAGACGGCCAUCUGGAUGAGGCGGCGUACGCCUGAAACAAAAAGGCGGGAAAAAAGGGACCGUCGAAAAGCCGAUAACUAGACUGGUGCUUACUGUAUAUUAUAUAUUUCACCACAAAAACUAUUUAAAUUUAUUUAUUAGCAUUUUAAAACAAUUGUAAAUAUUUACGAGCACAAACUCCUUCUGUGGGUUUGAUUUUAAAACCAUCACCCAACAGAUCUUUUCAGCCGGUUGCUGCUUCAUUCACAUAUCAGCCAAUUUUCCCUGAACCCCCGUCCUGCUGCAAGUAAUAAUCAGAGACCAGUAGACAUGUCCACUAGUUCUUAAUGGUCUGUAAUGGUUUACUGGACAACAUUCAUCCGAUUCCUCUUGAAGCGAAAUCCAAACCAGCUGCACUAUAUGACCAAAUGUUUGUAAAGACCAGAACAGAAGUUUCAUACGGUCCGUGUAGAUCACUUUCUCUUCAAUUCAUUCAUGUUUAAUAGGUUUGGAGAUCUUCCACAUCUUCCAACUCAGAUCUUCAUGGAGCUGUGCAUUGUGAUGCUGGAAGAGUUUUGAGUCUCGUAGUUUAAAAGCCUCAGCAUCCAGAUAGUGAUGAGAAGAUCGGAUCAUUUUAGUGACUCGGUUCCUUCAAAACUGGUUCAUCGAAAUGAAUGAAUCUUUUUUUUGAGUCAUUUAGUUCAGUUCACUUCAUUAAUCUCCUGCAAAUCGUCUACGGGAGUCACAUAAAGAACGAACGACUCGGAUCAGAAGAGUCGAGAGGUAAACGACUCAAUUCUGUUUCCUGUGCAUGACCUACGGAUAAUUUUUUUGCGACUGGAAUCACUCUCUGAGACGACUCGUUCUCCCGAGUCGCAUUGAAGAAUCGUUUAAAGUGAAUAAAUCGUUCACUACGUCCAAUACACUCGUGUGCCUCUGAGUUUGUGGGAACAUUUUGAGGAAGAACUGCAUAUGAGUGGAAAAGUGGGGUGUCCCAAUACUUUUGGCCCUACAGUGUCUGUGCUUCCUAGGUUGAUGCUACGAGGAAAAAAAAGCGAACAAAAUCUACAAACUAGAACCAGAACCUGAAGUGGCCACGUUGAACAUCUCGAUUAAUUUUACCUCAGAGGAGCGUGUUAGCCUGAGCGCUAACGGGCGUUUGUGGUAAAAUAACCAACAUAUCCAUGGUGCUGAAGAUCAUUUAGGAAAGAACGGUUCUAUUCGACGGCAUGAAACGGUGCGUGUUCUCACGUAAAUAUUAGUGUGUGUGUGUGUGUUCUGAAGGUCGUGUUCUGAAGGUCAUGUUACCUCAGUAAUUCUCUCUCCACAAAACCCGAAUACGUUUUUACUGACAAGAACCUCAGUUCAACCUCAGUGUGGUGGACCAGCACUCAUCGUCUCCAGUGUGUGUGUGUGUGUGUGUGUGUGGUAAAUUUCCAGGAACUUUCCAUGGGAACUUCAUCUGGGAAAUUUUGGAAAUAUUCCAACUAACCAAAACAAUAAUUAGAAAUGUGAAGAAAAUUGAUAUAAACUGUAUCAUAAACAUUUAGUUUGAUUUGCAAACUACAGAUUUUAACUUUUUUUAUUUUGUUGUAAUCGUUCGUUUUGCUGCACACGCACGAUUACAACAGAAAUGUAUGUAAUGUUUAUGUAAUUUACAUAAAUUAGCAUUUUUUGAUGUGCAGGAUUAUAGAAACGGUGUGUGUGACGUCACUAAGGAACGCACGGUGUGUGUAGGGGGCGUGGCCUCAGUAACCCUGUGCAGGUAGACAUUUUAACACAGAUUACAUUCAGUUCAAUUGAUGUUUGUGUUGCGCUUUAAACAAUAAACAUCGUCUCAGAGCAGCUUUACACAGAUACUGUGGAGAAAAAGAAUUAAGAUGUUCUUUAUAAAUCUAAUCUGCUUGUUUUAACUCAAAAAUUAUCCUGCAAGAUUUUUAUUUAUUUUUAUUUUUUUGGUUGAAAUUCCCAGUUUAUUCCUAUGAAUUCCUGUGGAAAGUUUCUAGUCUUGCUGGAAUUUUGCGAUGUGGAUGUAUGCAGAGGAACCUGGUUAGACUUGGUAGAACUUUCUUCAACUCAAAUUUAGCCGUUUAUUCAACGUUAGCAUUAAAGCUGUAGAUCAUCUUUAGAAUACUGCAUAAAUUCCCAGUUCCCAGUUCCCAAAUCUGGCAUUAAACCCCACAAGAUGGGAUUUUACCCAGAUGCAGCAGGACACGUGAAAUCUUUAUAUAAACACACAUCACUAUAUUCGUGUGUACACACUACAAUACGCUACUGUAUGAACUUUGACCCCGAUACACUGUAUGUUCAAAACCCUACCACCUUCGAAUAAACUCAUGUAUAACGUG